UUACUUGUUAUCUCGUAUGUUCGAUUAAGAACGCGUCUUGUCGCUCAAAAUUUAUUGCGCUUAUCUCUGACACAGUAGUUUUGCAAUCGGUUUAACAAUCGGUGAAAAAAAAAUGCAUUUUCAUCGCUUGUUUUGAGAAUCUACGAUGAAUCGCGUAUUUGGGAUUUUCUCGCGAAAUUGCGCAGCAAAAAGUAAACAUUUUUUCGUGAGCAAAUGCAAUACGAAGAAAUGCGAGUUGUUUUGCACAACUGCCGAAAGUUCACCUUUGAACGGGAUACGAGUUCUGGAUCUGACGCGGAUUGUAGCUGGUCCUUAUUGCACGAUGGUUCUGGGAGAUCUCGGCGCGGAGAUUUUGAAGAUCGAACGACCGGGUAGCGGUGACGAGGCGCGCAACUGGGGUCCGCCUUUUUUCGAGGGAACGAAGGAAUCGACUUACUUCACGAGUGUGAACAGAAAUAAAAAGAGUGUUUGUGUCGAUUUGAAGAAGGGACGAGAUGUCAUCUACGACUUGGCAAAGACAUGCGACGUUUUAGUGGAGAAUUAUGUGCCGGGAAAGUUGAACGGUAUAGGCUUGGGUUAUCAAGACCUAGCUAAGAUAGCGCCGCGUCUCAUAUAUUGCUCUCUUACCGGUUACGGAUCUCAGGGACCAUACGCGAGCAGACCCGGUUACGAUGUUAUUGCCGCUUCAUUGGGUGGACUUCUGCAUAUCACAGGUCCGAAAGACGGACCACCGUGCAAAGUUGGCGUAGCAAUGACUGAUCUGGCAACGGGUCUGUACGCUCAUGGCGCAAUUAUGGCAGCUCUGCUGCAGAGAACAACGACCAACAGAGGCCAGUGGAUACAAUGCAACCUUCUGUCCACACAAGUCGCAUGUUUGAUCAAUAUUGCUUCAAAUUAUUUGAAUGGAAAUAAGGAAGGAACGAGAUGGGGAUCUGAACACGAGAGCAUAGUUCCAUAUGAGGCUUUUCCAACAGAAGAUGGAUACAUGACAGUUGGAGCAGGUAGUGAUACACAGUUUGUAGAGUUAAUGAAGAGACUGCAACUUUCCGAACUAGCUAGUAAUGACAAGUUUAAGAACAAUACAGCUAGAGUUAAAAAUAGAACGGAACUACUUCAGAUUCUUAGAAACGUAUUUGCAAAGAAGACUAAUCAGGAAUGGUCUGUAAUAUUUGAUGGUGCUUCGUUUCCUUAUGGAGCAGUAAAUACAAUAAAAGAGGUAUUUGAUGAUCCUCAAGUAAAAUACAUGAAGUUGGUUCAAGAGAUAGAUCAUCCGGUUACGGGCAAAGUAAAACUUGUUGGACCAGCUGUGACAUAUAGCUAUGCCACUAAUGUAGUGAGAUCACCACCACCGACAUUAGGCCAACAUACAUUAGAAGUUUUAAAAAAUAUAUUAAGAUAUUCUGAUGAUAAAAUAGAAAACUUAUUACAACAGAAAAUUGUGCAAUAAUAAAUCAUUUAUACUAUUUCUUGCCAAACAAUAUUUUUCUAUAAACAAUAAUGUAAUACUAUUUUAUAUUGUGACAUAUAUGUAUAUA